UCUCGAGAUCUUCCUUCAACUACAAAAACAACAACAAGAAUGCCAAGAGCAACAUCAUACGAUCCAUUUGCUUCUACAAAUCGAGCAAGUUCAGUUAUUCGAAGUGGUGGUCUUUCGAAUAGUGACUAUACACCCAGAAUCAGUUCAUAUACAAGCAGAUAUGGUAGUACUGAUCAGCUGAACUCAUCGUCUUCCUCCUCUUAUCGACCGACGUCAUACCGUGCCGGAUCAAUCACUUCUGGCGGAAAUUCUAGUAAUUCCACGUCAUCAUACACUCCCAGAAAUGUCCGAGCUGGAAGUGUGAGCAUUGGAGCCUACGACCCUCCAACGAGUCGAGCUGACUCGGUGUCCUCAUCAUCCACUUUUUCAAGAUAUCGACCAGAUAAUUCUGUAUCCUCCACCUCAACCUACACCCCAAGUUUGUCUCGCUACAGAUCCACUGAUCUAUCCAGUACUUCUGACUACUCUUCAACCAAAUACCGUAGCCCAGACAAUAGCUACAGUAGUCGGCGCUCAUCUACAAUAUCUUCUGGAAACUCAAAUCGAUAUUCAAACUCCCAUAAAACACCGUCAUCUGUAUAUUCUUCAAGAACAUCCACAUCCAGCUCAUAUAGAAGUGACAGAGAUUACAGAUCAAUGAGUAGAGCAACCGAUAACGAGGAUGAAGUAGACGAAAUUGAAAGCACUUUCCGAAAGUUAUACAGGAAAUAUGUCACGGAUAGUGAACCAGAUUUAUCAAAAGUUGGAGGAAAAGACGACGAAUCUUUGGCAGAAAAAGUUUCUCGACGUUUUGAAUCAAAAAGUGAAGCUGAAGAUGAUGAUGAUUCAAUUGCUGAAGAGGACGAGGAUGAUGUGUUGUCAAAAUAUCAAACAAAAGGGUUGAGAAGGGCAAGCUCAGCGAGUUCAAUAACUCCCCGUGCGUCUGUAUGCAACUCUCCUAGCAAAGAUGUUACACCAAAAUGUUCACCAUUACCCGCCAGAAAAGAGAUUGCAACUGUGGUAAGAUCGGAAUCGAGGUCAGUAUCUCCAGAGAUGAAACCACUGACCAGAAGUUUUCAAAUGGAGGCGUCUUUUGGAGUUUCUGCUAUUAAGAAAAGUUCAGUAGAAGAAACCAAGACGUUCGAAACUGAGAAAUCUCCUGAAGUUCAAAAAGCUACAGAGCCUACUGAAAAGAUUGAUAACUUCCAAUCAACCCCCGUGACAGCAGUUCCGAGGGGCGUUCCGAAUUUGGUGGAUACAAGUUCAGAAGAUGAGGAGGAAGAUGUUGAAAUCAUCAAACCUAUAGAACAACCUGAAAAAGCAUCAGAAGUUCUAGUAGAGCCAAUCAAAAAAGUAGUGUCAUCUAUCAAAAUUAAUGGAAUAGAAGUAAAAGAUGUUGAAAAAACGAAAGAAGAUAAAAAGGAAGUUGAUUCAAAACCUGUUGCUACGAACAUUCAAGAUGUUCCGACGCCCAUUCCAAGUGAAACUUCAAAAGUUCCCGAAAACCUCAUUUCAUCGGCAGUGAAAGUGGUUUUGAAUGAUCAUGAUGGCUCAAUUCCACCCCAUGAAAAAUCAGAUGAUCCUCAAGAGUUCUCUAUAGAAAAAUCAUCGGAAAGCGAUACUAUAACAACGUCUUCUAGAGCAUCUACUCUCCGAAAGCGUCGAGAUCCAAAUAGAACAUUAGAGAAUUUGCAGUCAAUAUUAAAAGCUGAAAAAAUGAAUAAUGGAGGAGACGGAUCUGAAGAAAAGAAACAAGAAAAUGGAAAUGACGAAGAGCAGGAAAAGAAAAUCCGUCGUAUCCCGAUCCCGCUGGUUUUAAUCACUGAACCUUCGAAUCCUUCAACCCCGCUUGCAACAACUCCAGUUACCACUGCAGCAAGUAUAUGUUUAUGGAAUAAUGAUAUUUCUAAACGAUCAUCUUCUUCCACGGAAGAUGACGAAGAAUAUGAAGAGGAGGACGAGGAAGAAGAGUAUUCCUCCGGUGAUUGGACUGAAGGAGAGGACGAUGAGGAAUACAUUACCGACGAAGAGGAAGACAAUGAAUACUCGGUUUCUCAAACAUUCUCGCUCAAAGAUCACAUUAACCUUGGAGAGCUUUAUCCCCUUGCCACGUCCGCAUCCAACACAUCUGCUCUGGUGUCCGAAUUCUCAGACGGAGAUACAUUUCUAGCCGAUGCACGGAAGGAAGAGUCUCGUGGCAGAGUGGAUAGUCUUUUUGCAGUUCCUGCUCCAACAUUCACAUGUAGUGUUACUUAUGAUGGGAUGAUGCCUGGAGAGGAAGAUGAUGGAGAGUGGUCGGAUGAAGUGCACAGUUGUGAAGAAGGAGAUGAUGAGGAUUUUAAGCUUCUUCCAAUAGCUAGAGCUGGUUCAUCGUCACUUGGAGCUUACAUGUCUCCUGGAAGUGUGACUUCCGAAGAUGGAAGCGAUUCAAAUUAUGAUGGUCGAACGGUUGGUUGCACUUUGAAAUUAGUUGAUCGAGCUGCAAGAAAAGAUUCGGAUGAGACUGAUGAAUCAGAAUAUUACGAUGAUGAAGAAGAAAUAGAAGAUGAAUCAGAUGAAUAUGAGGAUGAAGAAUAUUGGGAUGAAGAGAUUGAAUAUGAAGAUGAAGAAGAAUAUGAGUAUGAAGAUGAGGAAGUACUGGAAGAAUAUGGUGAUGAAGAGGAAGAAGAUAUUGAUAUGAAAAGUGUGGAAUCUUCGGAUGUAGAAGAAGAAAGUGUUAUGGAAGUUUUAGAACCUUCAGAAAGUCACGAAUUAUUUGUGACUCCACCAAUCCAACUUAUGACUGAGAGUUUGGUGGAAGAGCUGAUUGAAGAAGCUUGUUAUGGCGAGAUUCCCGAGGAAACACUUUUUGCGUUGGAUGAAGUUGAAGUUGAAGAUUAUACGGGACAAAAAGACAUUCAAGUGGUUCCCACAUUUGUUCGUCAAACAACUGAAAACAUCCGAGAAGAGUCUGCAUCCCGAUUUGCAACUGAUAGAAAACCAGCCACCGACUUUGCAAGAAAAGCUGUGAUUCAGCCUACAAAAUUGGAAAAAGUACAAGUUGGCACAAAGAUUGAUACAAAGUUAGCACCAACGGAAGAGGAAAAAAGAAAGAAAAAACAGGAAGAAGAGGAGGAAAAGAAGAGAAAAGAGAAGGAAUUGGAAAUGAAAAAAAAUAAAGAGGAAGAGGAAAAGUUGAAGAAAGAUAUUGAAGCAAAAUCUUUGGCUGCUGGAAAGGAAGACAAAUCAGCUCUCCGUAAGUCUGCAUUAAAUAUGAAAGACGAAGAUGCAAAGAAAAAAGUGGCAACUGAUGAGAAAGUAGCAGCUCAAAAAGCUCGGCGAUUUGGUACCGUAUACGCGAUGGCUGGGAAACUAGACGAAACGGAAGAAGCAAAAGAGAAAAAAGAAGAGAAAGUAUUAUACAAAAAGUCAUCACGUUUGGAAGCGAAAAAUGCGGAUAAACCAAAACGAGUAUAUGAAGUUAUCAAACCGGUUAUUAACGAUGAUUUCGAUAAACAGAUGGAUGAAAUUCGAAAGCAAAUGAAAAGUGGUUCAAAUCAAUUGCAAAGUGCUAUCAAAGAUCUUUCAAAGGGAAUUCUCUCAGCAACAGAAGAAGCCAAAUCAAGAGAAAUGGAAGAAAAACGAAGAGCCACUGCUGAAAAAGCGACUGGAACUUUUGGAAAAGCCGAAGAAGAAAAAGCUCGUUGGAAAGCUGGACGUGACGCAGAAGCAGCCAGAGAAUAUGCAAAAAUUGAAGCAGAGAAACAUUUGAAAAAGAAACGAAUUCUGAUUGAGAAACCAUCUGGAGAGACAGUUUUGAAUCAGGAAAAGGAGGCACCGAAGAGAACAAUUAGACGAUGGAAACCACCUCCACCUGAUCCAAAUGCAGUAAUUCCCUCUUUUUCCUGUGGUCCAAAAGAAGCAGCAAAACCGAAAGUUACAUCCGAAGCGGCUUCAUCCGGCAAGUCUUCAAAACCAUCCACACCGACAGCAAGAAGAAAAUCUUUGGCGUCACCAAUUACCGUCCCAAAGGAUCCAUCAGUGAUGUCGACACCGGCAGCUCCCGGAGGAAUUUCAGUUGUUCCAAAAAGUGAAGGAGCAGCUGCAACUAGAAUCAGAAAUCAGGCUGCUGCUUCUGCUGGAACGACGGUCUCAUCAGUUACAACACCUGCAUCAACUGCUCUUCCAUCAAGUGCAACCCCAUCUGUAACCGAUUCACCAAAAGCAUCCCGUCGUUAUAAUGCACGAAGAAAGACUCAAGAGAUUGUUAAUGAGUCGCUAGUGAAACCACAGACAAAAAGACGAAAGAGGAAUCCGAGAAGAAGACGAUUUGUACGAGAUGAUCGAGAUGCUGAUCUACUUCUGGGAUAUGAGAAAAAUGCUACUUUUGAACAGCUCGAAAAACUGUUUGACCAAUCAUCUCGAAAUCGUCGCCCACCUGCUUCAAAAUUCGCAAAAAUUCGUCGAUUGGCCCCAUCAAAAAUCUUCAUCAGUGACCUAACAGAUAUUGACAAAAUCUACAAAUCAUCUGAAAUCCGUGACAUAAUUGCGUCUGUAAAUAUGGUUUAUUAAUUUUCCGUUUUUUCUUUAAUUUGGGUAGCAACAUGUUUUGAUAUCUCUUCGGUAAUAAUAAAUUAUGUUAAAGGCACCU